GGAUCAGUGAGACAGCGAGAGAAGCAAGCUGAGCAAGCAGCCUUUUCCAGCUGGAGAGACAUUUGCUGCCGUAAAGCCAACCGCUAGCUGCUGUUGUGAAGGAUUUUUAAAGGAUCUGCCGGAGAAAAAAUCCCAGCCCAGGAAAUUAAAGGCUGAGCAACUGAAGCCCCUUGUACAUCUACCGGGCUAAAAAUAAAGAAAGUGCUCCGAAGUUCAGGAAGCACGCAGGAGCGGCAGACAUCUCUUCACAGAUCCUCAGUGGAAAGGUCCAUCUUCUGUGGUGUCGACGAGCCGAGAGCACCCAAGAGCCGAGGAUGAUGGCUGCAAGGCACGUCGAGCUCACCGGGUACCACGCAGCAGUGCCUGCUCACUUUCUGGCUAUGGAGGAGUUCCCCCAGCCACUGCCCGUCCCUAAAGCCACCGCUCGGGGCAAAGCACGCCAGAGGAGGCCCCGGCAGUCCCGCUUCAAGACCCAACCUGUGACAUUCGCCGAAAUCGUCGAGGUAGAGGAGGAAGGGGCUUCUCCCAUGGAAGAAGAGAGGGCGAGGAAGUCUUUCCUGCAGUCACUGGAGAGCCUGAGGCGAAGCACACAGAACCUCCACAGCGGCGGGUCACGGGGCUGGGCGACGUCCUCGUCCCUCCAGGGCAGCGUGGACUCCAGCGACUCGGAUUCCGCCCAGUAACAUGGACUACUUGGACUACCGGGACGCUCAGGUGCUUCAUAAUGAAGUCUCUGACUGUUUUUUUUUAAUGUACUUUUAUUUUUAUUUUAUUUUUUUUUUUCUGGCCAAAUAUUUUAAGCAAACAGCUGAACUGAUGAGGGACGUGUGGAGUGGGAUGCAGGAGCAGCACAAGUCGAUGGCAAGGGGCGCUGAAGCAGGGGUAGGAGUUGGAGUGAUGUCACGUUACGAGUGUGCAGUCCGUGUGCGGGCACAUGUGUGUACAUCAGGCUGCACACGCCAACCCGAAAGAGGCGCUUUACAUGGCUUGUUUGCCCAAUGUUAAUAUAUACAGAUGUAUAUUUUGAAAUAUGAAUAAUGAUGGCUAAAGGCUAAAAGUGUUAUUUUCAUUAUACUCAAAUAUAUUUUAUGGAAAUGUAUGGAAUAUAUUCAUAUAGCAUAUCUUAAUGCACUGUCGUGUUAUUUUCAAUCACAAUAUGCUUGAAUCAGUUCAGAGCCUGGACAGCAUGGUUGUCUUUUAGAACUGAAUAUUAAGAGAUGGGUCUGCGGUGGGGGGGCAUUUGAAACUCGGGACUGCAUGGAGCUUCAGUUGGACAGCAAAGAUCGGGACUUGCUGGGGACCGGGAUGGGAGUGGGAAGAACUGGGGGGAGUGCAGCCAUGUUAUUCAUUACUUUACAACUUUUGAUAAUGGCAGUGAGACUUUCUGUUUUUAUAUCAUUGUGUUAAGGAACUUUAUAUUGCAAUUUUACACAAAUGUUAUAUUAUAAUACAAAAUGAUUUUCAAAUUUGUAAAACUGGCACUUUCUUACAAAUAUAAUAAAGGAUCUAAAAUAUC